GUCAAGGAAUAGAUAGUCCAAAGCUGGCAGAUCGAGAAAUAGUAGCUGGAAGCGGGUGGAGGGGGUCUGAUGGAGAUGUUGCUCUGGAGUUUGCUGUUGCCUUUUGGGCUCGUCUGUGCAGCAUUGGCAAGUGCCUCUGUUUGUGGAAUGGAUGAGAACUCACAACGUUUUCGGAGAAGUGUGCGUAAACCCCGCAGCCUGCGCAGUAUUUCAGGAGGUUCCUGUGCCACCAGCCUUGCUCGGGGCAAGCGGUCACUUGGACUUUUAGAGCAACUGAGAAUGCCACUGCGGAGGAAGCAGACGGAGGCAACGGAAGUCGCUGACUACUUGGCACCUGGCAAGGCUGUGUAUUUUACUGGGCAUAGGGACCAACUACGCUUGAAAGCGGGUAAUGAAUUGCCAAGGGAGAUGUUCACUGUUCAGGUUUGGUUGAAAGCCGAAGGGGGACAAAAAUCUCCAGCUGUUAUCGCAGGACUUUAUGACAAAUGUUCUUACACCUCUAAUGAUCGUGGAUGGGUUCUUGGAAUUGAGGCCAUGAGUGAUCAGGGUACCAGAGACCCACGAUAUUUCUUCGCCUUGAAGACUGAUCGGGCUCGGAAGGUCACUUCUAUAUCUGCUCAUCGUAGCUACCUCCCAAACACGUGGGUACAUCUAGCUGUCACUUACAGUGGUAAUAUGAUCAAACUUUAUGUUAAUGGUGCACAAGUGGCAACAAGUAGUGAGCAAGUUGGUGACAUCUUCAGCCCUCUAACAAGAAAAUGCAAAGUUCUUAUGAUUGGUGGAAAUGCUUAUAAUCAUAAUUUCCGUGGAUAUUUGGAACAGUUUAACCUCUGGAAGAUUGCACGAACACAGAAGGAAAUAAUGGGUGAUAUGGGACAAGCAUCACAUGAACUGAUUAGCUCUCUACCUCAGCUUGUUCUUCAGGAGAAAUUUGAGAAUGUAAAAAACUCUUGGUAUCCUAUGAAAAAUGGCACAUACCCACAUACAGAAACCAUUUAUCACCAUACUUCAUUGCUUGACACAAACUUAGCGUAUCCUCAGUGUGGGGAAACUCUCUGUGAUAAUUUAGAGGUGAUUUCUACCUAUAACAAAAUUGAGAGCUUUCGCCAACCUAAAGUUGUGCGCUACAGAGUGGUCAAUGUAUUUGAUAACAACCAUCAGAAUCCAACUGUUUCAAAAGACCAGAUUGAGCUCCAGCAUCAAAAAUUAAAUGAGGCGUUUAGUCAGUACAACAUAACAUGGGAACUCAAUGUUUUAGAGAGAAAUGACUCCUUCCUACGUCACAGACUUAUUCUUACAAAUUGUGAUAUCAGCAAAAUUGGUGAUGUAAACUGUGACCCUGAGUGCAACCAUGUUCUCACAGGUUUUGAUGGUGGUGAUUGUCGUCAUCCUGGUUCUCAUGUGUUAUCAAAGAAGAAGCAAAAUGGUGUGUGUGAUAUGGAUUGCAAUAACGAAUCAUUCCUUUUUGAUGGUGGGGACUGUUGUAACCCCAAUGUCACUGAUGUCACCCAGACAUGUUUUGAUCCACAAUCUCCUCACAGAGCUUACUUGGAUAUAAAUGAGAUGAAGAACCAUCUUAAUCUGUCAGGAUCAGCACAACUAAAUAUAUUUUUUGCAAACUCAUCGGAAGAAGAAUUAGCUGGUGUUGCAACCUGGCCCUGGGACAAGAUGGCUCUUACUCAUCUUGGUGGCAUAGUGAUGAACCCAUCAUUUUAUGGUAUACCUGGCCAUACCCAUACUGUGAUCCAUGAGAUCGGUCACAGUUUAGGACUGUACCACAUCUUCAGAGGCAUCUCCGAAAUUCAGUCCUGCAGUGAUCCUUGUAUGGAGACAGAGCCUUCUUUUGAGACUGGGGAUCUCUGUUAUGAUACCAACCCAACACCAAAGCAUAAAACAUGUGGAGAUCCUGGCCCUGUAAAUGAUACAUGUGGUUUCCAAAAAUUUGUUAAUACACCAUUUAAAAAUUUUAUGAGUUAUGCAGAUGAUGACUGCACAGACUCCUUCACUCUCAAUCAAGUUGCCAGAAUGCACUGUUACCUGGAUCUGGUCUAUCAAAGCUGGCAACCCAUCUCCAAACCUCUGCCAGUGCCCAUAGCUCCACAAAUUGUAGAGCACACGAGUAACUCUGUCACGAUGGAAUGGUUUCCAGCCAUAAAUGGACAGUUUUAUGAAAGAGAAGUGGGAACAUUAUGCCACCUCUGUGCUGAUGGAAAAGUUUUGGUGCAGUACGCUUCACAUGCAUCUUCGCCUGUGCCAUGUGGCCCAUCGGGACAUUGGAGCCCCAGGGAAGCUGUAGGGCAUCCUGAUGUUGAGCAACCAUGUGAAACAAGUGUACGAACCUGGAGCCCUAACUCAGGAGCAAAUCAGGAUACUGUUCCUCCUGCAUGCCCUGAACCACAUGGAUGCUACUUGCAACUUAACUUUAGCCACCCAGUGAUUCCACAGUCUCUUUUCAUAUGGGUGACUUAUGUGAACACAGAGUGGGACACAAGUGGUGCUGUGGUGGAUGUCAAACUUUUAAUGGUUAAUGGAAAGGAAUUGUCCUUGGGAUCUCAGAAUAUUUUCUGUGAUGUCCCUUUGACCAUUAAGUUGGACAACAAAUCAGUCAAUGAAGAGGUAUGUGCCAUACAAAUCUACACCAAGGAUAACCAGCUGGAAAUAGAUGCAGCUAUGAUUACAUCAGCAUCCAACAGUUCAUUAUGUGCAGAAUGCAAGUUAAUCAAUUAUAAAGUGCUUCGAGAUCCACCAAUUGAAGGUGAUCAUUUCCUGAUAUCCAGUAUGCUCAGAAAAUUCACAGAUAUGGAUCUAAAAACUGGAAAUGUUUACAAGUACAAAGUCGUGACGGUGUACACAAGUGGAGAAAGUGAUCCAACUCCUGAGCUGAUCUAUCAACAUGGCAAUGGCUACUGUGGGGAUGGUGUAAUUCAAAAGGAACUAGGAGAAGAAUGUGAUGACAAGAACAAGCUGAGUGGUGAUGGCUGCUCCCUUUUUUGUAAACAGGAAUUGUCUUUCCACUGCAUUGAUGAGCCAAGCAGGUGUUAUUUUCAUGAUGGUGAUGGCAUCUGUGAGGAGUUUGAGAAGAUGACAAGUUUAAAGGAUUGUGGAAUUUACACCCCAAAGGGUUUCCUGGAUCAAUGGGCUUCAAAUGUUUCUGUUUCACAUUAUAGUGUACAUCAUUGUCCCGCUCAUGUGGUGACUGGAAAGCCAGCAGUCACACAGGUGUGUCAAACCAAGGUGGUUGAAAUGAAUGAAGCAAUAUCCCAACAUGCUUGGUUUCCUUGCACGGUCAGUUCACAUGGUGUGAGUUUCUGGUUAAAGGCCUACUUUGUUCAACCUGUGGUUGUUGCUGCAGUCAUUAUCCACCUGUUGUCAGAUGGAACAUAUUACAAUGUCAACAAGCCAGAAACCAUCAAUGUGCAGUUGAUUGAUGCAAAGGAACAAUUACAUGAUAUGGGUGUCUAUAUUAUUAGCUGCAGGAACAAUCCUCUGGUAAUUUCUGUGAUGCAUGACCUCACACAGCCAUUUUACCACAGUCAUGCUGUCCUUAUUAGCUUCACUUCUCGUUGGAUUGCUAUCUCUGGAGUGGCUCUGCGCUCCUUCUAUGAUUUUGACUUUCUUGCCAUCAGCAGCUGUCAGAGAGGAGAGAUAUACAGUGCUGACAAACAAGGCUGUGUCCAUUACUCAUGUGAGACUACUGAAUGCCAGGAACUGGCGAUUGAAAAUGCUUUGUUGAAUUGCAAAAGUGGCCACCACAGUGGGGAUCAGUGUAAGGUGGCUUGUCAUACAGGAUAUAUAUUUCAAGUACAAAGAGAAGAAGAACCACUGAAAGCUCAGUCUGAGUCCCAUAUCAUUAUUACCUGCAGAAAUGGCAAGUGGAAUAAGCAAGUGACGUGUGAACCUGUAGACUGUGGCUUCCCUGAUAAAAGUCAUAUCCAUCCAGCAUCCUUCCAUUGUCCCCAAGGAACCACAUAUGGCAAACAAUGUACUUUCCAGUGUCAGCCACCUGCCAAAUUCAGAGGUACCAAUAAUAUUUUGAAUUGCAUGGAUGAUGGACUGUGGUCUUUUCCUGAAGCAUUCUGUGAGCUUUUGUGUUUGGCUCCUCCUUCUUUUCCUAAUGCCAUACUGCAGACAAAACGCUGUCUUUCUGGUGGCCAUAGGGUGGGCUCUGUCUGCAAAUUUAAAUGCAAGCUUGGUUAUCACAUUGCUGAUCCAUUCAAGAAGACAAAGAAGAAGGCCUUUAAAAGUCAGUGCACAGAGAAUGGGAGCUGGCAGCAUAGUGAAUGUGUUCCUGUAAUGUGUGAGCCACCUCAUCCAAAGUUCCGUGGUCUUUAUCAGUGCACUAACGACUUCCAUUUCAACAGUGUAUGUACAAUACUGUGUGAAGAGAUCAACAACCAAUCGGAUUUUGGAAAUAACAUCAUUCAUUGUCGAAGGGAUGGCACUUGGAGUGGCAACUUUCAUCUGUGCAAGACAACAUAUGGUCAAUGUGCACCCCCACAAAUAGUUAAUAGCACCUUGAAGGUUGACUGCUCAGAGGGAUAUGAAAUAGGAGCUGAAUGCACACCCAUUUGUCUAAAUCACAAUGUGACAUAUAGCAAGAUGGAGGCAAUCAUAUUGCCAAUUAACACAACAGAAAAAACUCUGCAGCACUGGAUGAAUCCAAUCAGGGUCAAGAAAAUUAUUUGCACAGCAGAGCGCCAAUGGUAUCCACUUCCAGAAAUGGUUAAAUGCAUCAAAAGCUGUGAGCCUUUCAUUGGAGACAAUUAUUGUGAUGGUGUGAACAAUCGUGCUUUCUGCAGUUAUGAUGGGGGAGAUUGCUGUGUCUCAACUGUUGCAACUAAAAUGGUGACACCUUUCCCAGCAAACUGUGAACUGCAAGGGGAGUGUGCUUGUCUGGAUCCCAGUGCCAAAGAGAACGUUCAAAAGGGUCCACACCCACUCAACAUUGGAUAGGAAUGUGAAGCUUUGGACAAAUCUACAAGGCAGGCUGGAAUGGGCACUGUAUGCCCUCUGGAAUUAAUUUAAUAUUUGCUGCUGAACAUGAUGGCACUGCAGCAUCAGUGACAUUAUGCAUCAAUGAGUCUACCAAUCCAAAUCUGCGAAAGAUGGGAUUUAGAACAAUAUUAUUCCCGACAUUUGAUGAAAGCAAUCAAUUAUGCAAAUAUGAAAAAAUUAGUACUUCCACCACCAUAACAUCCUACAUUUAUUUAAGUUGUUCUGUGGCAAACUUCUGUCUCCUGGCUUCUGUUCCACUCUUCUGGGUAGUACAGGGAAGGGAUAGCCAGUUGACUGCUGAUAGGCUGAGUGUCAGUUGAUGUUCUCAGCAUAUCAAUGAGUGCCCAUUGAGAAAAAUAGCAUGUACAAAUUUCAGUUGGUGCCAGUUGAUAGGUUGAGAGUUUAAGUUGAUUUGCUUAGCCUAUCAGCAGCUGCCCAGCUAUCCCUUCCUCACAUAGACCAGCAGAGAGAAGUAUUCCUGUCCCAUAUAAACUUAAAUAAGCUUAAUUUGUUGUGACCUGUGAGUGUUC